AGAAGUGAAGACCAUAGAGAGUGUGAUAAAGAUCCUGUAAAGACACUGUAUGUGAACGACUUGAGAGAUUUCAUUGUCUUUUUCGCCUUAUUUAAUUUACUUUGAGUGGCCACUUACAGCAAAAAAUCCCAGAGGAGGACAUCACUGUUCCACCAAUGUGGUUUAAAAGGUGACAUUGUGCUGAUUUGGACGCAUAACCUGUACCAUGGGGAAGAGAUACUACUGUGACUACUGUGACCGGUCCUUUCAGGACAACAUGCAUAACAGGAAAAAACAUCUGAAUGGUGUUCAGCAUCACAGAGCGAAAAAGGCCUGGUUUGACCAUUUUAGAGACUCUGCUGCCAUUCUGUAUGAUGAGCAAACAAAGAAACCCUGUAGGAAGUUUCUCCAAAAGGGAAUUUGCGAUUUUGGUCCCAACUGCAGGUUUUCUCACAUGUCCGAAGACGAGCUGAUUAACCUAAAAAGGCAGGUGGAAGAUGAAAGACAGCACAGAGAGGGCUCUUGGGACAGAAAGAUGCCUGGGCGAAGUGUAGAAGAAUGGCUCUCUAGAAGGGAGAAGAAGAGAAGUGCCCUUGGUUGCAAAGGAGAUGUCAAAAAUAAGGAAGACAGUGAAGAGCGCCAAACAGAAAGUGACGUACCUCAACAUCUUCUUUCCAUUCCUGACCUUCCACCCUCACUUCGACCUCCUCCCCCAGGUGGGUGGAAAGUCAAAGUGAACACUGAAUGGGGUUGAGAGAUAUUCACUUUGGGGUUCAAAUCGCUGUUAAAUGGAUAUGUGACAUUAACAGAAGGAGGAAUGGUGUUGAUAUAGCUGAUAUUCAGAGAUGGUGUUAUGUACAUAUUUAUGAAUUUAUGUUGACACGUUUGUUGCCAUUUCUCAUUUUGAAAAUUGUGCAUAGUAACAGCAAUAUGUACAGCAUUUUUUAUUAGAACUGGUUAAUUUUUUACAUUUUAUUUAAGAUGUCAAGUUUAAUUUUCCAAUUUAGAAUGAGUUAAACUUUGUAUUUACAUAAAAAAAUGUUUUAAACAAAAUCUUAGAAAAGCAGUUUCUAUGCAGACAGUAAUCCUCAUAAUUGACAUUUUGACAGUGUGACAGUGUGUUGUUGUUUGCUGCGCCCAUGAGCAGUAGCAGCAGUUCUUUACAAUGAGACUCCUCUUAGGAGUUAUAUUUAAUGUCACGUAGUCCCGAGAGGAAUGCAGGAUUGCUGUGUAGAUGGAAAUAGUUUUUUUGUUUUAUUUUGAUCCUGUGCUGUGUCACUGGGGGAAUCACUGAUCUCGUGACUUCAUUUUAUUUCUAACCCAGCUACUGGAAAACACCAUUUUACUUCCUAAAUAGUACAUUUUCUCAAUACAUUUUUUUAUCAACUCAACUCCCUUGAAUGUAUGACUAAUGUAUCUAUAAUUGUCACUGGACUUUUAAAAACGCCAGAUUAUUCCUCUUAAUUGGGGUUAUGCUGAGAUCUAUAUACUUUGAACUGUUUCCAUAUUUGUUGGAUACACAUUGCAGUGUUUACACCAGAAUCCUCAUUAAAUAGCUGUUUGUGUUUA